AUGGUUCGGCGCCAAAUGCCGCCGCGCGCCUGCAAGAGCAAGAGCCAGAGCGCCGCCAGGCCCAGUCUUAGUCCCAGCCGCCUGGCCAAGAAGCCCAGCCUGACGCCGACCACCGGUUCUCAGGCGCCAUCGCAGACCAUCGCAAAGUCGAGGCCCACCGGUCUCGAGACGAUUUUUGAACGGCCCGGCAAUGAGGACGACGGGCCCACCAGCAGCCAUGCCGUGGCAUUCGGCGAGUGCCAGCGCCGCGUCCUCGCCCUGGGUACGGGCGAAAAAAAAAGAACCCUGUCGCAGAAGAGCUGCCUGAAGGUCCGCAACACCUUGGGCGAACGCAGCACCCGGCACAUGAUGACACUGCGGGCGUCCCGCACUACUUUGGACAGCGUAAUGCUCGGGGGCUCGGACGAUGAAGGCGAGUCGGUCGGAGUCGCUCCCGCAGUCGCUCCCGUAGCUGCUCCCGAAGUCGUUCCCGCUGGAGGAAAUGCCGGUACAAAUCAGCCGGCACCAUUCGUGCUGCGCACCAGCAGGAGGCUCAAGAGUCUGCCUCCGUUUUAG